UCUUGGGAGGAGUGGUUGUGUACAUUUAGUUUAUUUUAGUUUGUUUUCAAAAUAAAAUAAUUUAAAUAACGUAUUGUUGAAAAUUGUGUAAAACACAGACGUUGUUGUAGUGUACUAUUAUUUGAAUGUUGUGUUAUUUAAGCCUACAUUUAAGAAAAUAUUCUCAAGGAGCCUAGUCGACAUUAGAAUGCGAGGCAGCAUCUAAUAACGAGAGGAAGUUUCUACAGACACAAUUAUAUGCAGUUCCGGCCACAAGAUGGCGUUAUCAAACAGCUCCUUUGCCAAAACCUACAAUCAUCUUUUUGUAGAAUUAGCUGAUCCACGAACAAAUGACUGGUUCAUGAUCCGGAGUCCAAUACCUGGCCUCACAAUACUAAGUCUCUACUUAUAUUUCUCUUUGAAAUGGGGUCCACGGUUCAUGGCAGACAAGAAACCCUUGCAGCUUCAGAAAACAUUAGUCGUAUACAACUUCAUACAAGUUUUAGUCAGUAUCUGGAUAUUUUACGAGGGUCUCGACGCGGGAUGGCUGAGAAAAUACAGUUGGAAAUGUCAACCAGUUGACUUUUCGGACUCGCCAGAAGCAAUGCGAGUAGCAAGGGGCGUAUACAUAUACUUUCUUGCAAAAAUGACGGAACUUCUCGACACAAUAUUCUUUGUUGUUCGGAAAAAAGACCGGCAGAUAACCUUCUUACAUUUGUAUCACCACACAGUAAUGCCAAUGAUAUCCUGGGGCGUAACCAAAUACUACCCAGGUGGUCACGGGACCUUGAUAGGUGUGAUCAACUCCUUCGUGCAUAUCAUCAUGUAUACUUACUAUAUGUUGGCUGCCCUGGGUCCUAAAUAUCAGCGGUAUUUGUUCUGGAAACGGCAUAUUACGACGUUGCAAAUGCUCCAAUUCUGUAUCGCGUUCCUGCACUCCUUCCAACUGCUCUUCUACGAAUGCGGCUAUCCUCGCUGGAGUGUUGUCUUCACUCUGCCCAACUCCAUCUUCUUCUACUACCUCUUCUACGACUUCUACUAUAAGGCGUACGGAAAACCCGCCAGUAAGGAACCGACAACGAACGGCGUGACAAAAGAUAUCAAUGCCAACAGAGUUGACAUCAAGAAGCCAAAUGGCUAUUAUGCGAAUGGUCAUCAAAAUGGCUUACACACGGACAAAAAAGUCAACUAAAUUGGUAUACUGUGUAUACGUCUUGUAAAUAGUUAGUUAGUGCCUGUAUAUGAUAGUUGUUAUAUGUACAUUUCUUCUGGGGAUUAGUCUAGAGAAUAAUGUACGGGAUGGAAUGCUACAGAAGCGUUACAGACAUAUUAUUAUUAAGUUAACAGUAUUGGUUGUUAGACAUCAGUAGCUGAUUAGACCUUUAUAGUAUGUAGUAAAGAGAAUGUUCUGGAUAACGUAUUUAUCGAUUAUGAUAAGUAUUUUUGUUCAGAUUAUUCUAAAUAUAAGACGAAGUCGUUAAAGCAAUAAUGUGUAUAUUAUGUAAUAGGAGAUGCUCAAUUAAAGUUUUAAUAGUUGUAUUUGGUGCUUUGUUGAUGUUUAAAUAAAAUGAUAUCCCUUUUAUUACGGGUAGUUUGAAAAAAAAUAAGAAAUAUCAAACAAUGAGAGCAGGUGUAGCAGCUUUAAUUGUGCAAUAUUUGAUUAUAUUUUAGUCUUUAAACAUGCCAAUCAGGCAUAAAUGGCAGGCCCUUUCGGUGCUAUGAAAAGUGGAGUUUGAAAAGAAGUCAAUUAGUGUGGCAGUUAGAUAACGUGAAGGCGAAAUGUUUAUAGACAUUAUCGGCCACUUUGUCUUUGAAAAAGCCUAAAUGAUUUUUUGAAUUUAACAAAAAAAAUGUUAUCUUGAUUUUGUAAGAAUACGGAAAAGCGUGAUGUCAGAAGUAUUAAGCGAUUAGAUAUCAUUUUGUGAACUGAUAGAAUAUUCAUCCAAUAUUCUUUAAAUUAAAGUCUUCCACACGGUUUUAAAAUCAUUUAUAGGAUGAAUUAUAUUGUGCUCAUAAAUUACCGAAACAAUAAUAUUGUAAAAUAAUAUUGUAGUCUAAAAUCCGACAGUAUUGUUUCCUUCGGAAAAAUUAUUAGAUAUUUUGAUAAAAACAUGUCCAAAAGCAUGAGAAUACGAACAUCAAAAACUAUUUCUUUGCUUUGCAAUUAAUUACUCCGAUCUUUCAACUCUCGGCGAAACUUGUUAGAAAACUUUUGUUCCAUAUUCUAGAUGGGCUUUCAAUGCGUAAUCCUUGAUCAAAUGUAUUUUGACCCUCUUUUUCACCUUUAUGAAAGCAGUGACAAAACAUCUGAUCACGGUCAUGGUAUUUUGUGAAGACUUGACUUUAAUAAUUUUUGAUUAUUUGCCCUUUAUGACAAAAUCAAGUUUUUUGUUUCACGGUAUCUUUCUUUUCUUUUUUGGCAAAACGACAGACGUCCGAACAAUGUUUGAAUGUUGAAACAAACGUCAGAAGAUGUUGUGAACUUUAUAAUGGUGGUUAUAAUCGAUUUAAUAUUAUAAGAUUGAAUGCCUUUAUAAAAUGUAUUUACCUGAAA